GACUAAUGUAAACGUGCCGCGUCGUCCCAAUCUCUCGCGCGUCGUUAACUCGAAACAUUCUGUGUGUUACUUAGCUUAGGUUUAGUAUUUCUCGGUAGUGCAGCAGUGCGCUGGUUGGUUUGGUGGCCUCCAAGCGCGACCACUCUAUAGAAGAUUAUCCCGACCCUUGCAGUUACUCUAGCUUCCUCUCUCUCUUCAAUCUUCCGUCCCGGGUAGUCAGCAUCCCUUUGGAUAUCGUGGUGUCGUGCCCUCUAAAACAGUGGUUGCUAACCGUGGACGUCGUCAUCUCUGUCAAUCGUCGCCGUCGUCACCACUAUUCUACAUACAUUCAGUGGUAAUUGAUGGUAAAGAGUGUUUCUAAGUACAGCAUCCAACUGUGGUUGGUUGGUUUUUUUUGUGCUGCCCUAUUUUUCUAACCAUUCGGAUUCUUCCCCCGAACUGCGAGCAGGGGGAUAUGUUAUAUCAUGUGCGUUGUGUUUCACGGCAAUCGACAACUUCAAUCCGCUGACUACAACCACACGACGACGGGUGAUUGAAAACACAUUCUCGCGGUUCGUUCAAGUGAAGAAGAGUUGACCUGACUUCCAAACCAAGUGCUUCUGCUGCUGUUUGCUGGCUGUGCUGGCUGUGUUUCUAACUCAGUGAAGCGCACCGAAUGUGUGAUCGUCAAGAAAGGGCGUGACUAUCACGCGCACACACAUGUGAGCUGCUGCUGCUCCCCAAAAAUGUGAAUGCAGAAGCUAACCCAAAUGAAGAAAAAAAAAACAAAAUUAAUAACGACAAAGAUAAAGUUCAAUCUAGCGCGCGUACACCAACAAAAGCAAGCUGUGCUUCGUUUAAUCAAAUUUGACCAUCAUCAAUUGUGAAAAUAACAGUAACAAAGCAACGCACUCUCAAGAAGUGUGAAGCGAGUAAAUCCGAAGAAAAACCCCGGGACCACCAUCUGUUGGCCCGGAUUCGAUUCCAGGGUCUGUUUGUUUAUAACGCGCGUAACACGGCCUCCCGGUUCCCGGUCGCUCUUCGGUCGUCGUUAUUCGGUUGAUUUGGUUGGUCGCUGCUCAAAUUUUUUUUCUUGCUACCAAUUCCAAUUUGGCUCCAUGAAGCUGAAGCAACAGUACCACUUUUUGAAAGAUGGCAACAGAAGCAAUCGAUUUGUUCAGCCCAAAGAAACCAUUGUAGUGGUGUCCACAGCUGCCGGUGUUGCUUGUUGCUGACCCUACUAGGAAUUCAUCAGAUCAAAGCAUAAAGCCCACCGAAAAGCUGAACCCGAAGCAACGUAAGGAGCCGUGCCAGGAAACCCGAAACGAAAGAAUUCAGAAGCACUGAAAAACACACACACAGGCUGUUCUGCUGCUGUCCGCGUCAAGAAUCAACACAUGCUGGAAUGAAUUGUCAUUGAUACCGCACCGAGAGGCUUCGCCGCGAAUCCUGAAAUAUGGAUGCGCCAUCCAUGGUCCAGCGUGAUGGCGACAAACUGAUCGUGCGGCGCGUCGUCAGUGGUGAUGAAGUGUUCCUGAAUCAGACGGAUUCCGGAUCCUCCAAAGACCAGCAGUCCUCGAACCAAUCGUUGGCGGACAGUCUGAAGCUGCUGUCCGGGGAGGAAGAUCUGAGUAAAUUUGGACUCAUCUUGGAACAGGGAUCGGCCAAGGGCGGUGGUCAGAGUGCUAGUGUAGAGAGCCAGGGUGGCGAAAGUGGCGAACAUCAGUUGCCCCAGUGUAAGAUAAAGCGCAACUAUUCCUGCAGUAAUUGUACAUAUUUUACGCAGAAUCCGCGCAAAUAUUUAACCCAUUUGCGGGAUGUUCACGGUGAGAAGAUCAUUAUCAACGAGUGCAAAAGAUGUCUGUACGCAUCCCGACACUAUCAGAAGCUGGUGCGCCACAUGAAGAUGGUGCAUGGCUCAACGGAUGGUAUCAAGACUCCGUUUAGUUCGCGACGUCGUGGAACUUUUAGAAAAGAUUUUUACAAGAAGAACAAAUUCAAGAUGAAUACCAACCAGUCGGCUGGAGACUUGUACAGCCAGAGUAGUGCGAAUUACAUCAAUCAACUAAUGAAAUCGGGAUUAGGGAAGAUGCUGGAGAGUGCCGGCAGUGGUCCAGGAAGUGAAAGUGCUGGGGAGCAAGCUAUCCAGUUUUUUGCAGCCAAUUUCAAACCCGGACUAACACUGGCGGAGCAAGCCCAACAGUUAUCGCAGCUGAAGAGCUCACCAAACAUAAAUAUCUUUGCUGAUAACGGCAACGGCGGCAACACCUCGACUUCGACUGUGACUGCUGCUGGUGGUUCUGCUGGCACUUCUUCUGGCAUUGUUGGUAGUGGUAGUGGUGACUCAGCUAGUCAGGACGUGUUGGCCAUGUUGCAGAAUAACCUGGUGGACAAGGGCCAACAGCUGACGAUUAUGCCGGCCGGUGAAGCUGGAAGCAAGUCCAACAAGAAAAAAGCCCGGCCUAUACCAGAUCUCAUUCCACUGCACAGUAUUGGAAAGCUACAUCUGAGCUCAGAGGCUGGCAAGACGUACCAUUUGAACCCAGAGGUGACAAUCAAAAGUCGAGUGGUGACGGAUAGUGAUAACAAUAAUUCCAUCGAUGGCGGACCAUCCUCAAACAGUAAGCUGCAGUAUGGGGGCGAGAUUGAGGACGACAAUCCAAUCAAUCUCACGGCCGAUCAAAAUGGGGACAAAUCGCUACAGCAUCAGUGCAUCUUCUGCCAAAUCUUGGUCCCAUCGACAGACGAUUUGACGAUACACCUGAGAACGUUUCACAGCGAGGAACUACUUGCACUUUUGUUGCAGCAAAAACCCAACGAAGUUGCACCGGAAGAAGCGCUUCAAUCUUAUACGGCCGAGAGCUUAACCUUCGACAUUUGGAAGCGAAUUUUGGAGAAAAAUCGCGCCAUACUGGAGGAACAGGAAGCACGUGAAAGCGAGAGUGACAUGCAGUCUGGCCAGUACAGCAACGACGAAGACGAUGCAGAAACGGUCGAAUCAGUCAUCAGCAAGAACGAAACCUACUGUGGGGUGGAAACUGCUCCAGGAUAUGGAGAGGUCACUAAAAAAAUAACAAUCGAUGAAGGCAACACCCAAACGGCAAUUAUGAAGAAGGUCUUCAAGUGUCCUCAUUGUUCAUUUUGGGCUUCGACGGCGUCUCGAUUCCACGUUCACAUUGUGGGUCACUUGAACAAGAAACCCUUCGAAUGUUCUCUUUGUUCGUAUCGAUCGAACUGGCGCUGGGACAUUACCAAACACAUCCGGUUGAAAACGAUUCGUGAUCCAAGUCACAAAACGGCCCACGUGCUGAUGAACGACGAAACCGGAAGACGGAACUACACCAAGUACAACCGUUACAUAACGCUGAUGAAGGUCAGCGACAGCAGCUACAAAGACAGCGGUUCGGCGUCCAAAUCGAUGAUGGACGUAAGCCAGGCCGACUAUCUGGCCAUGUGCAAGGGGGCGGAAUCGCCGGCCGGCAUCAACACACUGGCCAAAAUGUAUUCCAGUGAAGAGCUAGCCCAGGCAUUCAAUUUGGCUAACAUGAAUCAGCUGGCACAGUUCGAACCAGAAUUUUUGCAGAGUCUGAUGGCAAUGCCGAAAAUGAUUCCAAUCGAUGACGCGAAACCGAUGUCCACACCGAAAGUGGCUUACAAGUGUAAAAAGUGCAAUUUCAAACAUCCGUUCCGCGAACUGGUGCUGCUCCACAUCAAGUCGACGCACCAGACCGCUGACAAGCAGAUCUCCGAUGGCGAAAUCGAUCUGGUGCCGUGUGACGAUCAGGACACCGAUCAAAUCAUCCUGGUCGAGAGCUCCCCACCAUCGACAAGUAACAAUAGUGGUAGCCACAACAACAACAACAGCAACAAAAACAACACCAAUAGUAGUACGCUUAAUCCACUAUCUCCGCUAAGACCAUCAUCAAGCUCACCACUACAACUAUUGUCCGGUGUUAGUCCCAGAAAUAAUGACGGUGCUAGCAUUGGCGAUCUCACCGGUGCCUCCACCACAAAUAUUAGUUCAGCCGCCGCGGUCACGGCCACUCCGAGUGGACCUCCCGGUUUGGCGGCGAUUGGUCCGGCCGGUUACAAUAGUAACCAUUAUACUACUAACGCUACAUUAAUUGGUGUCGGAUUAAACUUUACUCAGGCUAUUGUAGCUAAUGACAAUCGGUUGGGAACUACCUUUGCUAUCAGUAAUACAAUUCCUAGUGUUGGUGUAUUUGGUGGCCAGGAGGUGGACAAGACGAUAUUCAGUGCUCGUGCAACAACUCCUCAGACUUCCAUUGGGCCGAGUUUGGCCAACGCGAUCAGUACCGAUACUACUACUCCUCCCUGUUCUACUACCAAUACCACUUGUACCAUUACUACUAGCAAUAUCACUACUUCUACUAGUACUACUACAACUACCAUCGCUAGUGGCUCCGUCUCUGCCAACGCCGUCCCUUCCGGAAGCGGGAUGGGACCGGGGGCAGGAGCGGGCUCCAAGGGGACGACGUCUAGCUCGUGGCGUCCUAGCGCCCCGUAUCGGUGCGGUCAUUGUCAUCAGGUGUCCAAUUGGAAGCAUGUCAUCCAGAGACACUGCCGUUUAAAGCAUAAUGGCAACGUGCUGAUCGAGAUGGUUAAUAGUAACAACAACAACAUCAAUCCUUCCACAAGUAGCAACAAUCCCACAAGCACGAACAACAACAAUAACAGUAAUGCUGCUGCCGUCACUAAACCGCAGCAUCAACAACCGUCGGCGCAAAACGUAACUGACACACGCAAUUUGAAGCUAGUGCGUAAGCCAUUUCAAUCAUUCGACUCAGUUUCACAGGAUAUCCCCGUACACCCGGUCACGCUGCACCCGAUAGAGAUCAUCCCGGAGGUCAGCUUGGUCGUUCAGGAUUUGCCGAUCGUUGUUCCGCCUCCGCCCCCGUUGGCCAGCUUCGGCAGCAGCAGCAACACCAGAAGCAACGCCCACCAUGACAUGGUCACCCUAAGCCCUGCAGUAUUUUCAGCACCGCCACCCCUAGUUCCCAUGACAUUUAUCAACCUAACCGAGGACGCGCCAUCGUCGUUGGAACUUCACCCACAGUACGCGCCGCCGCAGCCGAUGAUGAUCGAUGACUGCAUGCUUCCCAGUGAUACUGACCUAAGCAUGGAAACGGAACCAGAUGAGCCACGCCCACCGGCACCCGCCACUCGCACCAAACGAUACCAGUGUGAGGCGUGUCCCUACGUCACGGACAGCAGGACCCAGUUUGCCUAUCACAAAUCCUUCCACAAGCCACGUGGUGACCCCUAUAAAUGUAACAUUUGCUCGUAUAAUGUAACCAAGAAACACCUGUUAAUCCAACACCAGAAAACGCACGCAGAAAAACCCACGUUCACCUCCAGGCCUUUGUCCAAAUCUAGGAUUACCGAAUGCAAUGGUGAGCAGCCGCCGAAGUCCAGUAGUAGUGGUCUGAUGCCAGCGGAAAUCCUCGACCUCACCAAGAAAAUGAACGCCGAAGUGAGCAUAACUCCAGCCGUCGUCGCCAGCAGCAUCGCAACAUCAAGGAUGCACGUAGACCCUAAGGUGGUCUAUUACUGCACCAACUGCCCGGCAAGAUACUUUGAUGAAAGUGAAAUCGUAAUCCAUCAAAAUAGACACAUACAAACGGAAAAGUACAAGUGCGAUCUGUGCUCGUUCUCUACGUGCGACGAAUCCGGUAUCGCGUCACAUCGAAACGUCCACUCCCUGAACUACCACAAGGGUACCAAAGAGCUGAGGAAGCACAAUACCGAAAGUGGAAGUCAUCCACGGCCGAAAAUAAUCAAAAUCAGUGGCGCCGUCCCGAUUUGGGUCGUCGAACAGGAUUACGAAACCCACAACCUUGAACCCAGAACCAACAGUCCAGAGCCGGAGCAAAACCUCCAACGGAGACCGGCUCGGUCCAAGAACGGCAGCCCUUCAACGCUGACAGCCGUUACCGAAAUUACCAAGGAACCGAAAGUGUACAGCUGUGAGCACUGCGACUACACGGACAGUUCCGAAUGCUCGUUCAAAGAUCACGUCAAGCUGCAUUUUUCCGCCAUCCUGUUUCCCAAGGCCGAAAAAUAUCUGGCCCCGCAGAACGAAAGCCAAGCUGGCGGCGAUCGACCCUUCCAGCUGAUAGCGACCUCGCUCGAGAAUCCGGAUCAAAGCUUCGCGCUGAACUACGACCACUCGGACGACGACGACGGCAGCGACCUGGAGGAGGGCGACGUUAAUGAGUGCAGCACCGAUAGGAUAAUCAUUGAAAUUUGAACCUACACAAACAUAAGUAAGACCACAUCGCACUACACGCAGCACACUUUUGUUACCGCAAUACUUUGUAGCCCUUAGUAGCUAGCGAUGCCCCGUGAUGAUCAGCAGUAUAACAACCCUCCACCAAAUCCGUAACACGUGCCGUGAAACGGUGCCCCAAUAUGUGAAAAUGGAAUAUAAGGUUUUGGGGUUUGACGGCUCGAGUCGCCGUUUACACCCUCGCUGUUUUUUUAUAUGGAGUUGCAAACCAUUUCACGAAGAUUUCCCGAGGAUGUUAGGUUUCUUCCGGGUCUUGUCGCAGUUCCGAUUGACCGUGACUCAAUGUUUUUCAAUUACGCGUAUCGGAAGGGUUAAUUUGUUGUGCACCACCCAGACUACUCCAUGGUCUUCAACCAGAAUUCCGUAGCAAAGGCAUUCCUAAGUCCUAAGUCUGCUACGCAACUUAAAACGUUACUUGUGUAAUUUAACGGUUGAUGGUGUUGGAAAUGUAAAAGUUUUUCAAAUACUUUCAUUAGGCUAGGUUGAUUUGACCAACGUUGUUAAACUUGUACCAAGCUGGUUAAACGACAACUUGUUAUACUUUUUCGUAGGGUGUAUUCAGUAGAAGAAAACACUUCUUGAUGUUAAAAUUGUUUGAAAACUUGUUUAUUCAUUCAGGCAUAUAGAUAAACACAUUAAGUUAGCCAAUUACUCAAUGUGUCUACUUUCGUUUACAAAUAUUCUCUCCAGGUGAGAUCUUGAUCGGGAGCAUACCGCAAUAUAAGCCUCGAUAUUGAAGCCCACGCCUCACAGAUGGAAGCCUUCAGAGAAUCGAUACUUGGGUUAGAGCGGCGGUCGGGGAACCGGGGUAAAUUACCCCAAAUGGGGUAAAAGUGAAAUUCUUGGGGGUAACAGUGAAUAUUUUGUGAGUGAAAAGUGUAUAUUUUCAUUUUGCAAUUUUAUGAAUUUAUUUGUUUUAUUUCGAAAGUAAAGGAUUAAGCGGCAUAUGCAGAAGUAAAUAAUUCCCCCUGAGGCAUUCAAAUAACACGCUUUGAGAGCUCGCUUCGUGUUAUCGGAAAGGUUUUUUUUUGCUCUUCGUCAUGGGGUAAUAUCAACUUAAAUAAAAAUGUUUUGGGGUAAUGAUUCAAAAAGUUCCCCGACCCCUGGGUUAGAGGAUCCACAGGCCUCCGCUUGAACGUACGCCCAUAUCAAAUAGUUGAGGGUUUCAAAUCCGGACGGCUCAGGGUCCAAAGAUCCUUCGGCCAAAACUUCAUAUUCUCCUCAGGUUAGGUUAGUUCCGUUUCCAGGUAUGGCAUGAGCUGUAUCUUGUAAGAAAAAAAUAUUCUCGGGUUCACCUUAGUUUGCUAGAAACCACAGAAGCAUCUGAUCCCUCAAAAUGUCUAUGUAGCCUUCAGUAUUAAAUUUUACUCCAGCUUUUAUGAAAACAGGAAGCAUCUUCAAUCCAUUCGAAGCAACCGCUUCAAAUACCAUGACUCUGGUGGGAUGCUUGGUAGUAAUCUCGAAUUCCAAAUUCUCUGGAACAUCCUUAACUUUCAGAGGUGAAACAUACAGAUCCGUACGUGAAUUGGGCACCGAAUCAAUCGAAAAAUUUCUCGUCUUUAAACAUGAGGAUCAGCUGCUACUUCUUCAACUAAGAAAGCAAUCGUUUGAAGCGCUCAAGUCUCAGUGCUUUAACCCAGCAAACAUGAAAUCGAAUCAGAAAUGAUAUCUUAAGUCGUUUACAAUGGUGUUGCGAAUCGCAAUUCCAACUGCAUAGUAAAAAGAUCGUAUAAAAUGUCGUCUGAAGUCAGUUUAAAUCGGAUAUGAUAGAAAGUGCGCCAUGUUGGUAAUUUGGAAAUGAUGUCGCUCCCGCACGGGCUUCAAAUGAGAAAAUCUCUGUAACCAGCAAUGAAUCCGAUGGCUGAAAACGUACAUCGAAACAGCAAAAGAAUAUAGCUGCAAAAAUGUUUACUGGAAAUUCACUUUGUUAUCAAAUGGCACUUCGCUCUUGACCUUGAUAAUGCAUUCAAGUCAUCUUUGCCCAAUCGUUGCAUAUAUAAACUUGAUAUAUUGGCUUCCUUAGCCAUCUGGAUAUCUUACUGCAUUCCGCCUCACUUUCGUCUUGACCAUUUUUACCACUUUUAUAGUGCGUGCAGACCGUUGCCAUCCACUAUCCUGCUUCCGAGGACAUGGUCCAUCGAGGAGAGAACGUUUAAACAGUCGCUAGAUGGUAACCUAAGGCCACCGCAAUAGGCGAUGGAAGCGAAAAGUUAUUCUUUCCUUAAGAAAAACCCAUAAGAUCUGUCAAAAGUUGGGUUAAAUUUUAGCUGCAUUCCACUUGCACUUGUGGAAAACUAUCACCCAAAUUCGGCACCGCUUCCAUCACCUAUUUGUUUGGGAGAUUUUUGGCCGAGAAGCAAACUGAUCACUAUCUCCUUCGUAUACAUAUUGCCGAUAUAGCGCAUUCUGUACUACUGCAUUGUUUACGUCAAUUGACAGAUGAAGGUUAAAGCUAAUACACACCAAAAAAAACCCUCAAAAAUCGUCAAAACAACCCAAAACAUACUGCUAAAAAUUUUGCAUUUUUUAGGGGUCAUACUGUAGAUAGAAACAAACAUUUUGGCCGCUUAAGAACGGCAAUUAGCUGAACAAAAGCUGAGCAAAUGCGUUAUUGCUGUUUCAGCUUACUGGCUGAAUAAAGACAAACUGAAAGCAUCUUUCAGCGUUUGAAGAAGUCUUAGUGUAGCCAAUGGGAUAAGUUGAAAAAUUGUUUUAACACACCUUUUCAGCCUUUGUUCAACCAUUCGCUACCAUUAGAAUUUGACAGACUAUAAACUGUGGUAAAGCUGCCAUGCAUUAUGGUGGCUAGAUUGAAAUGAGAGGAAAAUUUUCGUUUCCUUAUAGGCGAUGGAAGCGCUCACGAAUUUGGGUGAUGGUUUUGCAUUAGUGCAAGUGGGAUGCAGCUAUAAUUUCACCCAACUUUUGACAGUUCUAAAGGGGGUUUUCUUAAGGAGAGAAAGAAUAACUUUUCGAUUCCAUCGCCCAUUGGAUGCCAUUUUUUAUAUUUUCUUAUUCAGCUUGAUUAUGAAAUGAAGAGUGGAUUUUCUCACCAAUUGGAUUUUUGGUGCCCAAUAUUGAGGAAUACAUCUUUUCUUCUCCUAAAAAGAUCAUUCUUCCCACAUACAUAGAAUAAAUCUGUUGAGGUUGAGAGGCAUUUUAGUCGCCUAAGAAAGACAAAUUUUCAUCGCAUUACAGACUUCAUGAUUGGGUCUGCAUACUGCGACAUGCGACCAACAAGCCGGAGUUUUGAAGUUCGGAGCAGUUGCAACGAAAAAAACAUCACUGGAGAAAAAUGGGUGCCAAACAUCAGACAAAAAUUGGUCAUUUUUUUUUGUUGAUCAGUCAAUUGAAAUUGAAUGACGUUCGCUGAAUAACUUCUCCAGAUCAAGAUGAUUGAGGGCUGAAUACACGUAGCUUAGUGAAUUUUGGAGGCCUUCUUUCAGCCAGAUUGCUGAUUAAAAAUUGAGGUACGAUUUUUUUAGCGCUUUUUCAGCAAGAAAUUGUUUUUUUUUUUUGGUUUCGAGGAAUCCCUUAAGCACAUCCUUAUGAUUAUGUAUUAAGAGUUCUUCUAGCUUAUGGACAAGUCUUGUUAAUUCUUUUACAGAUGAUGCAAACGUUAAGUGAACAACGCGAACGCUUUCUAUAGUCGUGCCCAAGUUUUCCGCCGAAUUCAAUGAUCAAAAUCUUAUCAAUGUAAAAAAAACGGUGUCCAUAAUACUUACUAAUGACCCUUCCAAGUGCUUUUAGCCAUUAUAUUUCCCUUUUUUAAAAAUCUUGUAUUGAACAAUUCUGAAUUUAUUUGGUCAAAAACAAGCAUCCAAUAAAUCGAGCAUUCCUUGGGAAGAGACAGUGAAAUGGUUUGCCAUCUCCUUUCUUUUAUUUUGCUUCCUAGAAUAAGUCAUCUAAGAUUCCCUGUUAGUUGUAAACACUUAAACAAGGAGUGAAGGUUCUUCGUAGUUUGCCAUUCAACCAAAAUUGGAACAAUGAGAAAAUCUCAAAACCCCAGUACAAAUUGUAUUAUGAAUUUUCCCUCUUUAAUUGUUUUUUUUUUUUCGUUUUUUAUUGACUAUAAGUGACCAAAUUUUUGUAAGCACAAAUAAUCGUUAAAUUUAUUUUAGUUUAACAAAACAACAGUAGAAAUGAUUUGGUUUUUCGUAUCGUGUUACCAUUGCGUUAAAAGUAAAUAGAAAAUUUGUUGAUUUAUUUUAAUUAGUAGCGCUUAGCAUAAACAAAAUCUAAAACUGCAACGGCAUAAGUAAGGCGAACGUAAUCGGUCCCUGGUUAAAACAAUAGCUUGUUUCUCAUAACGUAAACCGUAAGUGUAGGUACAUACCUUUAAGUUAAUCACUAACCUACACACAACAACAGUACAGACCAUACAUAAUAUGGAAAAAGGGCUUUAACAGGAUUUAAAAUUCAAUAUCUAAUAGCCAUAUAAGAGUACACACAUGAAGCAUAACAGAUAAACUUAAAAAAAAACAUACAUUCUGCACCGUAUCCCGAGCAUUUUAGCGACAGUAAAGAUCCGUUACCGCAAUUCAAACCUUACAAAGCACAAACAAAGGCACGUCGUUUUGUACGGAAGUUUUACGAAAAAGCAUCAGAAUUCGAUUAGUAUUAUUCACUUUUAGUAGUCAGUUUGUUUGAUAGAUCGUAGAAAACGUGGGACAAAUGAAUAGUAGGGUUAGAGAUGCAAAUAUGUGUCUGUAGCAAUUUAGAUCCUUUAGUCGUUAAAAUCUUUCUAGAAUUCCAUUUCCUUACCAAGUGUAAUUCGUCAAAUUGGACCAUAUUUACCAGCAUAAUGCAAUGCAAACAAAACAAAACAAAAAACACAAUCGGAGCCAAAGUGGUUUGAAAAAUCAAAAUUAUUUAAGUGAAGCUAGCUUGUAACAAUCUUGAGCGUAAUUAGAUGAAUUGAAAGUAAAACUAGCCAGAAACGUGAGAAAAUUCACAAUGUUUUUUUUUCGUGAGGAAGAAAUGAUUCGGACGAUUGGAUGAAGAUUCGUAUUUAAUGUGUAAAUAAGAUACAUAUAUUUAGAUGUAAAAUUUGUUGUUGAUUUUGAUCUGUAAAAGUCGUGUUGAAUAAAAUAUAUGGUUAUUUAUAAAAAAAAACAA